AUGUUGCGAUCGCAGGAGGGACGGGGGGCCGUCGGCCGCACCAUUUUCGGAGUACUGAGUGGUUCGCCGGAGCAUAAGACGUUUGUUCUGUCACGGAAGUGGUCGAGUCAAGAUCAUGUUCUCGCAGUUGACUACUCCGACAUUGCCCAAUUAGUCUCCAUUCUGGAAGCAAACGAUAUCGACACAAUCAUUUGCGCUUUCGAAGUUAACGACAGCUCCCUCUCGAGCAGCCAACUGAAUUUAAUUGAGGCUGCUACAAAGUCAAAGAGCGUCAAACUCCUCCCUCAACUGAAAGAUCAUUUCGAAGCCAUUGAGAUUCUCCGUGAAUCCAGUUUACAAUGGACUGUCUUCGUCAACAGCAUUUUUCUAGACUACUUCAGCCCGUUUGAGAUGGUCUCCUAUCUCAAGCCCAACGUGUUCGUGGUUGAUCUCGCCAACAAUGUUGCGGGCAUUCCUGGCGAUGGGAACAUUCCAGUUACUUUCAUUAAUACAUUUGACCUCGCAAAAUACGUACUUGUCAUAUUGUCUUUGGACGAAUGGCCGGAGGAAAGUCAGGCCAUCGGAGAAGAAUUGACAUGGAAUGACUUCGCGUUGGCUGAGAGGGUUAAAGGCCUGCAGAAUAUCUCUCCCUCAUAUCAUUUACGGCUUCGUGCUAAUAGCUCCCAGGAGCGAAUUUCGAUGUACACUACACCAGUGUUGAUAAACUGA